AUGGGAACAAGUCACAGUACUCACACCAACCUUGGCAAAGAUAGUACCUCUUUUAAAUCAAGUGCAACCGGUUCCAUAGCGCGAUGGGGAGAUUCUUUUGAGGUUUCUAUGAGCAAAUGGAAUGAAAAUGAUCACACAGAAGCUUGGGGUGCAAAGUACAAAACAAGUCUUAAAAAUCGCACUUGUGGUUUUAAUCUAAAAGUAACCAACGGCAACAAUGGUAUUGACAGCAUACAUUUUGGUUUACUCGACACUGCUAACAACAAAACGGAACUUGCUGUGAAUAUCUCACGAAUUGAUCAUCACACUCUUCGUGGAGGAAUAACAGGACUGAGUUCUUCUGUUUCUCCAAAAUCUUUCACGAGGACCAAACCAGAUUACUUAAUAGAGACUACUGUUGUUUCCUACAAUUGUUCCCACAGAGAAGGUCUUUUUGUUCUUGAAAUGAAGAAAAAGGGAAACUCUGAAAAUGCUUGCAUAGUGAAUCUAGCACAUUAUUAUGUAACCAAAGAUGUUGGUCUUUCUGUUAGGGCUAAAAUUUAUCGAAACAAAGCAGUGGAGUUUGGUCACCGGGUGCUUGUUCUCACUGUAAAGGAACAAAAACAAAGGCUAGCACGGCAGAAUAAUGGAAAGGUAGUAGGUGAAGUUGUUAAACAUGGUUUCUUCUCGAGUACUGUUAGAGAGCAAAUUAACACUGGGCUUAUUAAUUCAACUGGAUAUACUUCUGGUACUUUAAAUAACUCUAUCAUUUUUGUAGAAUGUAAUUUUUAA